AUGUGGUCCUGGCAACCCCCACUUGGUAUUCUCAUUUCCAUCGGCACGGGUACGCGAGGAUCCCGCGCGAACAGUCCCGGUCCCGAACGGUCGUGCGCACCUGCCCCCCGUAGCCAUUUCGUCUGGCCGGUGCUGCGUAGCUUCCUCGAGACCAUGGACGGCAAGACAUUGUGGGAUCGCUUCCGCAACCAGGCGGCCGCGGCUGACCAGGACGCCUUGUCUCGACUGGACAUCUGCCUUGCGGGACCGGAGCCCCGCCUUGAUGCAGCCCAUGCCAUGGACGAUCUCAUCCGGCAAACCGUCGAACAGGGGGUGGGGAGACAGGGGCGCCAGUGCCUGCUGAGGCUCCUCGCGCAGAGUCUAUUCUUCGAACUGGUCUCCGUUCCGGAGCGCGAGACGGGCACUCCGUCGUACUGGUGCGUCGGAACCAUUCGGUGCCGGGUCUCCGGCGAGGUCUUUCUGAGCGCUAUCCAACGAGUCGAUGCAUGCCAGAUGGACUACGUCGUUGGCGGCAAGCCUCUGGGCAUCAGCGUCACGGAUGGGGCCACCUGCGCAAGGUGCGGGCGGUAUUGCGUCCCUGUCCGGUUCCGCGUCCGCCGUCUGAGCGACACCGUUUCCCUAUCACUCCGGCUGGACGACGGGCGACAGGUCCCCGUGGGCGGGUUCCCUAACCCGAUGGAUUGGUUUCUGCAUCGGCAGGGAUUGUCGCUUGCAGACGGCGUGACUGAACCUGGAGCCGCGUCCCGGGACGAGUGCGUGGCGUGUGAGCGCCGACUUGCGCUGCGGCGGGGUCUGCGGGUAACCCGACUGAAGGCCAGGCGGAUGGUCCAGAUUGCACACGCAAUAGCUUGUGCAGCAGAAGAGGCCCAGGUUACUUACGAAUAA